AUGGAUACCAUCACGGGUAGCUUUGCCUUAUUUCGCCUUCGCUCAAACGCUGGGGGCGGACAAGACCUCCCGGCACUGUUGCUGUUUGUGGUCACUUUUCAUCUCGCACGUACGAUCUACUGCGUAGUCCCCGAAGUUACACGCGGCGAGCAAGGACGGCAGUCUCAUCUGAAGCCAGGGUCCACCCGUGCUCUCGGUCGACGGUCGAGUAAUCCUGUAUUCUCUAGAAGUGCCGAGAGAUACUUUGAUGUUUUCUUCGGUUUUUCCCGCCGUUGCUAUGCAUCGCAGAGAAGAGGGGGUGGUGCGAUAUGGGACGACGCCACGAGGAACCACCUCAUAAAGAAGCAAAGUCCGACAACGCCGGUAUCUCAAAGGCGUUUGUUGGACACUAGUAAAAACUCCUCGUUUGUUACCCUGUCACAAGCCAUUGUGCUUCGUCCCUACUGCAAGGAGAGAUCCCCGAUGUUACCAUCAAGGCGCCCACUUGCCAGUCUAUCCCAUCACACUUCACCAAACCGCUAUCAUAUUCUGCAACGUUUAGCACGGCGCCAAAAACAACCCAGCCAAGUGGCCGGCCACUCUUUCUUUGGUUCAAGGACCGCGGAAAAGUUGGGGCGGUAUAGAGCGCUCGAGCGGAGUGAGACACCUGCAAGGCCGGGGCGUUUGCAAAGUUGA